AUGAACAUAAGAAGCAUGCGUAGAAACUUUGAUACCCUUCUAGUAACCCUAAAAAGAUUAGAUCUUGAUUUUGAUGUUAUUGUCUUCAGCGAGUGCUGGCUAGAUGAGUAUACGACGGUUCCUCUAUUGCAAGGCUUUACAUCUUUUCACUCUAGGAAGUAUAUUAAUAGGGCAGGAGGAGUCGCUAUCUACAUAAAAGAUAGGUGGACAGCCAAUUUUUCCGAGCUGAACGUUGACGAGGGUAAUUGUAUUCUCGCAGAAGUUACAAAUCAUUUCUCAAUAGUUGCCGCUUACAGGUCACCUGGUUACACUAACCCAGAAACAUUUAUUCGCUCUCUUGACGCUAACUUAAAAACGGUAAGUCCCUCUCCUUGUCUUAUUUUCGCUGGAGACAUAAACAUAUAUAUUAUUGGGUCAGCAGGUGACAAAAAUUUGCACACGGAGUACUUAGAUGUAUUAGCAGAGUAUGGACUUUCCCCCGCCAUAACCAAACCAACUCGGAUCAAAACCUACAUAGAUCACAUUUUUGUACCCGUAAGAUUUAACGCGGAGUCCAUAGUGUAUCUCAAUGAUGUUACUGACCAUGAUAUCACUAUGGCAGGCAUAAUGUUAAGGACACAAAAGUCAAAAGGAACAAAACCUAUUCGAUCAAGAGUUACAGUUGACAUAGACUCAAUAAGAUCAGAGCUGGAGGGAACGAACUGGUCCCCAGUAAUGAACUCCAGCUCUCGUGACGAGUCUGUGAGUCAUUUCACUAAGACGGUAUCAGAAACAAUAUUGAGGUACUCGAAAACUUGUGUAAUAAGCCGCUCUAGAACCAUCUUACACCCUUGGAUGACUCCUGGUCUAAUCAGAUGCUCUAAGCACCGUGACAAGCUUCAUAUUGAAUAUCGUAAGGAUCCAAUACAACCUUACUAA